CUGGAUGCGCUGCAAGUGGACUGGUCGUGGCUCUUUCUGGAUGGGACACACAUCGCAGUCGAUCUCAUUGGAGCCGCCGUCUAGCUUCCCGCAGGCUAUCCAGUUGUUAUGAGGUCAUUGGCGCUACUUUGUAGCUAUAGCUAUGUGAUGAUGUUAUUCGACAUGAAAGAGCUGUGCCUUGUUCUGCAGCCGCACACUAACCUCGUGAUACUCUCAUAAGUAAUAGAAGCGGAACUCUUCUUGUAAUCCCUGGAGCGAUCACACAAACACGAACAACCAUGGAGAAGAUCAAGAGCCUCCUACACCCUCACGGCCACGACAAGGAUCGUGAGACUGCCGGCGAUGUCACUCACGACCACAAGGGCACGACUGGUACGGCUGCACAGUCAACCACGACAACGUCUGGAACCACGUCUGCGACCACUGGACACCAGAACACUCCUAUCUACGACCAGAUGACUGGACAUGGCAACGCCGCCCCAACGACUGGCGAGCCACCAAAGUUCUCCAACACACCCAAUGUCGGGGCGACAUCCGUGGCAACCGGCCACGGCGAUGAGAGGCAUGCCGGCAGUGUUGGUACUGAUGGCCCGAUAGGUGGCGCUCGCACAGCUGGCCUGUCUGGCGAUAAUUCCCGAAUCGGCGACAGCACUCUUCGUGGCGACAGUAUGCGGCCGCAGGUAAGCAGUGGCGCCUACGAUGGUAACAGCGAGGCAAGCAUCAAGUCGGGAGUGAUCGGCUUCGCACCAGGUCAGGCCGGCCAGGGGCAUGCAGCUUUGUCCGGCAACAGUAAUUUCGAGGACAAGCUCAACCGCAAUCAGGUUGUCGGUCAAGGCAAUACUGGAACCAACACCAGCUCAGGACUCGCAAAUGAGGUCUCAAACGAGCAGCCGAGCGUGAUCCCAGUCUCAUCAGGUAUCGGUCAUGGCAGCUCCACUCAGCAGCCGUACGAUUCCAAUCGCACUGCCGGUACUGAUCGCUCGUUUCCCCUCUCUGGAGGGAUCACAUCAGCGCAGCACGACCAAAGUUCCGUCAUGCCUAAUACCCACAGUGCUCCCGGAGUUUCUGGAUUGAAUACCACAGAGCAUCAGCCGCUCGCCGGAGACAAUCGCCAUGGGCGUGAAGGUCUCGCUGGCGCCGCUGCCGUUGCAGCCGCUACCGCAGCCGCUAACCGUGGCGAUCAUAACGAGGGACGCGACCCCCAGGUGGGCACAUUCAGUGACCGGAAUGCAUCGCCUACAGGACACACUCAUUUGACUUCGAGCGUGCGAGAGCACAAUAUCCAUCCCGACGCGCUACACGCUGCGGGAGCACGCCCUCUAAAUGAUUCGAAUGAACCUGGACAUGGACCUCCUCAUGAAACACCUCACAUAAACACCGGUACGCUACUAGACUACGAAAAGGCUUAUGGUAGUGAUCCACACACACGCCACACCGGACUUUUAGACUAUCGUCCUCACGCUCACCGGUCAGGUACAAGCCCUCACAUUCCAGGCGAGUUUCCCAGCGCCACACCUGAGAACGAGCGAUCGGGCCCUAUUCUUGGGAGUACUGGUCCAGCGUCCGGAGCUACUACAACUGGCCCUUCAACGUCUCAUGAUCUUCGUCAUACUGGAUCUCUGGAAGAUCCCACACCUAGAUCUGCUGACGGAUCUGACCACCAUCUUGGGCGCAACGCGGCGAUCGCUGGUGGUGUAGGCGCUGCAGGCCUGGGUGCGGCUGCGCACCACAAACAUGAAACCCCAGCUUCAGGCACUGGUAACCUCUACGAUGAAAAGAAUCCUUACAGCUCUAAAGCGCUUGACCCACGCGUCACUGGCGGUGAGUCUCGUUUGAACGAGCAGAGAUUCGAUCCCUCGGCGGCAUCAGCCACUCCCACAUCUCAGUCUCUUUCAAGUUCAUCUGGGCCUGUACCUCCCCCUAAAUCAGAGGAGCGGGAGCACCAUUAUGGUCGUGACGCUGCUAUUGGUGGAGGUGCCCUUGGUGCCGGUGUCUUGGCGGGCAGUGCCUUGUCUGGCGAUAGACACCACGACCCCACAUUGCAAGAUUCCUCUUCUCUGCCUACUACUCGGCACACAACUGGCACCACCAAUCCGAGCACAGUUGGCACCACUUCUGCAUCGCACCAGUUGCCUUCCAGCUCCACAGGUACCUCAGCGUACCAGCCUACAGGCAGCUACGGUGAGUCUCAGCCUCAGUCUCAGCACCAUUAUGGACGUGACGCUGGCCUCGCUGGGGCUGGGGCUGCUACCGCGGGAGGCUUGGCAUAUGCUGGAUCUCGCAAUCAGCCUGCUGGUCAGCACACCGUUGGACCAACAGCUGAGGAUCCCGCCUCAAAGACCAUCGGGCCUCACAAGAGCAACAUUGCCAAUAUAGUCGACCCACGUGUACAGCCUGAUCCGGCCAAGCAGAAAGAUCACACUACAACCGGCCCCCAUCAAUCUGACACGCUGAACCGUCUUGAUCCCAAGGUUGACGACAAGGCUGGCCAGCACCACUACGGCCGAGACGCAGCAGUCGCUGGAGGUACUGGAGCUGCAGGAUAUGGUGCCUAUGAAGCUGCCAAGGCCUAUGGUGAUCACCGCAGCACACAGCCUGGAGCUUCGAUGCAAGAUCAACGAUAUGACCCUACCGCUACCGGUGCGCAUGCUCCCAACCCUGUUCCUGCCUCCUCUGAGUACAACUACCGAAACCCUGACGUGGCUGCGCUCGCUAGCGCCACCGGCACUGGUGUCCCAGCACAUCAAGGCACAGUUUCUGGCCAGACCCAACAGCCUUACACUACGGCACAGUUGGCCCAGUCAGCAAACUCUCAACCACCUCAAGCUUACAAGUCCCCUGAGAUUGGCAACAACGAUCUCGGCCCCAAGGACAACAGCUCGCGCAACGCCGCUUUAGGUGCUGGCGCCGGUCUAGCUGGCGCCACUGCGAUAGGAUAUGGACUGUCACAGCACGACGACAAGAGUCACCACAGUUCUGCUCCUGUAACAUCUACUCAGCCUGGCACAUCUUCCCUUUCCCAGCCUACAGUCUCUCACCAGGGACAGCAAUCCCCCCACAGCACCGAGCCUGGUCAAUCUCAUACCGGCCGUGAUGCCGCUCUUGCUGGAGGUGCUGGUAUCGUUGGUGCCGGCGCUGGUUAUGCAUAUGGCCAGCGCGCACAGCCCCAGUUUGAUCCCAAAGAGCAGGAGAGGCUAGAGAAGGAGGCUGCUAAGCGCCAACACGACUAUGAGAAGAAGCACGACAAGGAUCUUCACAAGCUUGACAAGGAACAUGAAAAGGACUUGAAGAAGUACGAGAAGGAGGCUGCUAAGCAUGACGAGAAGGAGAAAGAAAAGAGCGGUGGUAUCUUGGGUUUCCUACAUCGCGAUAAGUCCAAGAAAGAGAAGAAGGAUCGCAGCCCCGAAUCUAGUCCCCGUCACUCCGCUGAGCGCCGCUCCGCAGAGCAUCACACUGGCCGCGAUGCGGCUGUUGCGGGCGGUGUAGGAGCUGGUGCUGCUGGGCUUGCCGAGUACGACAGCGAUGAUAAGUUUGGUCACGGCAGCGGCUACAAGGGUAGAAACCUUCUGCGUAAAGAGCCCCCGGAGGGUCAUCCAGCGCGUGAAGCUCUGCACGCCAACAAUCGUGUUGGUGUUGAUGGUCCCAUCGGCACUGCCACUACCGAUACUGACCGUACAGGCGAUCACCACUACGGCCGCGAUGCUGCCAUUGGAGGUGGAGCUCUUGGUGCAGGUGCUCUGGGCGCUCACGAGCUGUCCAAAGACCGCACUGAGCCCAACACUGUUUCAAGCAGUACCGGCUAUGCUCCAGGUGCUCGCGAGACCACUCUUCCUGGUCAGCAUGCCUCCGGCUUGACCGGCAGCCAAACAACCACCCUCCCUGACCGCACAAGAGACGAUCAUCACUACGGCCGCGACGCUGCCAUCGGUGGUGGUGCCCUCGGCGCAGGCGGUCUUGCCGCCCACGAGCUGCAUGACAAGCGGACUGAUCCGACCUCAUCCAGCGUUGGCCACCCUGGUACCGGCCUCGCUGGCACCCAGCAAUCUCCCGAACAGCAUGGCUUCAUUAGCGGCAAGCGCGAGCACAUCGGCGUCGACGGCCCCAUCGGCGACCCGAACAUGAUCUCCGGCGAUCGCCAAACCCGCUCAGGCGUCUGGGGCGCCCACCCCGUGUCGGAUCUCGCACAGGACCGCACGGUCAUUGAGCCGCGCACGGGUCUGCCCAUGAACGUGGGCCGCUACGGCGACGGCACGGGCGGCACCGACGGAGGCCCGAUGGGGCACCACCACCAGCAUGGCGCGGCGACGGACCAGGUGUUGCCCGGUGCGACUGGCGCGCAGCGCGAUGUGUAGAAAGAUGCUAGCUACUAGGGACGUGCGUGUCUUGCGAGAGACAACGCGAGUGCGAGAGAGAAGUAAAUGGUUGGCUUGGCUGUGAUGACGACACGACACGUA